AAAUUUAUUUAAUGAUAUAUUCUUCUAGAUAAUCUUUUACAUAUUCAAUAAACGCUUUUUCUUGCAUAAGAACUGAUUUAUUUUUUAUGUCGUGUUGAAAUUCUUUCCAAGACUUCUUUUUCAUUUUGUUGAUAGUCAGCGACUUCAUUUGAUUAACUUUUCUGUAAAAACUUUCAUUUUUUAUGAAUUUCUCAACGGAAUCUUUUGAUACUAAAGCUGAGAUAGAAUGACUGCAGUCAAUUUCCGCGUUGUCAUUAGGUUUGUGGAUUUUCAUUGUUAAUCUUGGUAUUGGUUUAACAUCAUCUAGUUCUAGACUAUGAUCGAUAAUUUUUUCUUGAUUUACAAUUAUCAUUUCAUCGUCCGAUAACUCUACUGACUUUUUCAUUCCUCUGUUAUUUUUCUGCGUCUUAAUUUUUUCACAAAUACUCUUUGAAAACUCGGCAAUAUCAGCUUCUUUAAUUAAAAGUUUCAAGUCGUAAGUCCUAUUGAUUAUAUUUUGUGUCCAUUUGUCACCCAACCACAAUCCAAGAUCUUCUGGCAGAUGAUAAUCAGACUCAAUCCAAUUCAAACCAGGUUUCUCUUUUAUAUCUUUUCGAAAACUUAAAAGUAAAUUGUAGUGAUUUACCACAUGCUUACAAAAUUCUCUGCUUUGAUCCCAAAUACUAGCUAAAGUACUGAUAAAAACUGUUCCUCUUAUGUAGAAACUUCCAGCUUUUAUCAGUCCAAGAAAGUAAGUCAUACUUCUUUUAGCACUUGAAACAACAUUGAUGAGCAGCAUUGCAAGACCUUGAAGUCUGAUAAGAAUAAAGUCGAGAUUCUGUCGAUAAGGUAAAGUGCAAAAAGUGGUUUCCUCAUAUGAAAUAAAGCCUUUAAAUAUUUCUAAGCUUGUUACAAGAUCCAAUUUAAGAUAACGAAGAAGAGAUUGAUGACAUUUCUUCAUUUCAUGCAAUCCUUUCAUCAUUCUAAAUUGUUUACAGUUCAUAAAGAUUAGCCGUGAUAAUUGAGCUGCUUCAUAAUGAAAUUGUUCGACAAUUUUAAGCGAGUCAAUCGUUUGUUGAAGAAUUUUUGUAAAUUUCCUAAUAUCUAUUUCAUUUUUAGAUAUUUUAUAAUUAGAGUAUGGGGGUAUAGGAAGUUCAAUCUCAUUCCAAACUUCCAUUUGUUUUCAAAUUUUCCCGCACUUGAUUUGUUAACUUAGACGAGAUUUUCAAAACAAAAUCAGUGUUAAGAUUAUUUUUUAUUUUUUGUGAUUUUUGUCUGUAAUCAAGCUUUAACUAAUAUUUAUUUUGCAGUAAUAAGAUACACAAGCACAUUGCUUUCCUAAAAUGCCAAGCUUCAACCACGUGAGAAAUUUAAAUUCAAAACUUCCGUUAAAAUUUUAAACAUCAUCAGAAAUGUCUUAAAGAGAAGUAAAAGAUUUUCAAUAGAGAAAAUUUGAGAAUGAUCGGAUACUUGCCAAAUAUUGAGCUCAAGCUAUAUUCAUGCUUCUAUAUAAUUCUUCUUGUGAUAAUUCUUUAUAAUGUUCAAUCAAUAAGUAACUCAAACUUGCCGGAUUAUAAUUUUAUGGGAAAAGGAUGGACAUUCCUAAAUCGUAAGAUUGACGAUUAUGACGUAGAGUGGCAAACAUGGAAGAGUUUCAUACGAAACUAUUGGUAUUGCUUUGUGAUGCAUUCAUGCGUUGCUGAAGUGUUUCGUGUAUUAAAAUUUAAAAAUAUUUCGAUGCUCUUCUUCAUCAUUGGAUCAAUAUCCUGCUUCAUCAUGUACAAUACUCGUUUUCUGCUUGUCGUGUUACUUCAAACAAUAAUUUCGUAUAUCGUCACAACGAUGACCAAAAAUAAAAUUCACGUAUGGAUACUCGCAUCAUUUUGGUUAAUCAUUUUAAAUAUUCUAAAGCAUGAAUCGAAUAUUAAGAUAGCAACGGAUGUUCUUGACAUAGAUGAGUCAAAGAUUCACGACUUUCUUGUAAUUUUCGCUUGGUGUCUCUUAAAGAACAUCAGUUUCAAUCUUGAACGUUGUUCUGGCGUUUACAACAAAAGCGAUGCGAAAUUUAAAUUCAGUGAAUGCCUUGGAUAUGUUUUCUACUUUCCAACGUUUUUUGGAGGACCACAUGUGAUUUAUAAGCGAUACUCAGACAUGCUAAAAGGAUUUAAUGAGAUUUUGCCUUCACGAGAACGAUAUCAAAGCUUCAUAUUGAAUCUUUUGCGUUUCUCGUUUUGGUUCUUCUUGACAGAACUUGCACUUCACUUUUUCUACGUCAACAGCAUUGUAAUGAACCUCGAUCUAAAGUUUCUAGAUUCUCUAUCACUAUUUGGCGUUGGAUAUCUAAUGGGACAAUUCUUCAACAACAAAUACAUCAUCCAUUAUGGUGUCUCGAUAACAUUCGGAAGAUUGGAUGGAAUUGACAUGCCAAAACCACCAAAAUGUAUUUGUCGUGUUCAUAAAUAUUCUGACAUGUGGAAAUGGUUCGACAGUGGACUUUAUGAAUUUCUUUUAAAAUACAUUUACAUUUCUUUAUGCGAAAAAAAAUCACCAAUGUGGCGAAAAAUCUUUGCAGGUUUUACAACAUUUUUAUUCAUCUACAUCUGGCAUGGAUUCUUCGAUUACAUUCUUGUAUGGUCACUUUUAAAUUGCGUUUGCAUUGUACUCGAGAAAUUUGUUUACUUCGUCAUUGAGGGCGAAGGCUUUGAAAGAAAAGCUUUAAAAAUUGUCAAGACUGAGAACAAUCUGCAUCGGCUGCAAGCAAUUAUUGGAACUCAUGUGUUGAUUCCGGCGAUAAUUUCUAAUUUAUUUUUCUUUGGUGGUCUGGAAGUUGGAUGGGAGUUUGUCAGAAGAAUUUAUUUAGAAGGAGUUUUUACUUACAUUAAAAUAUCUUCUUGCAUUUAUUUCUUGUAUCCAAUUGCUGAAGCUAUCAAGCGAUGGGAAAUUUCCAAUAAAAAGUAAAAAGUUUUCAUUAA